UGAUCACAUGUAAACAGGGAAAUGCCGGAUAUCGGCAUUUCUCUCCUCUCAAGCUGGCACUGAUGAUCAGUGUGACCUGAUGAUCAGUGUAGCCCCAGCAGUGCCACCUGUCAGUGUCCAUCAGUGCCUUUUGUCAGUGCUCAUCAGUGCCUCGUUCCAGUGCCCAUCAGUGCCACAUCAAUGCCACAUAUCAGUGCCUACCAGUGCACAUCAAUGCCACAUAUCAGUGCCCAUCUGAGCUGCCUUUCAGUGCCCCCCCAUCAGUGCCAGUCAGUGCCACCUAUCAAUGCCAAUCAGUGCCACCUAUCAAUGCUGCCAAUCAGUUACACCUAUCAGUGCCAGUCAGUG